UUGGUUCAACAUUUUUUCCUCAUCAGAUUUGCUUCUCAACAUUUGUUGAUCAAUUAUCAUUUAAUCCCGCAGGCACAUUUCAUUAUAUGCGAAUCUAUCUAUAUGCAUAUAUAAUUUAACUUCAAGAGUUUUCAAUCAAGGCCAUUCAGUUCAGAUCUUCGUAUGUAGGAAAAACCGUUUUUUUAGACUACUCUUCGACCCAUCCGGGGAUUUUCUGGAGGACAGAUCCACCACUGAAGUUGUGAAAUUGAUCAGUUCAGAAUCUUGUGUUGGAGAAACUCAAGUCUUGAUGCGUAUUAUUGGGUGGUGAUUGAAGGGGGUUAGUGUUGAUCCAUUGCUGGUGUGCGAUAUGGGUUUUGGGUUCAAAGUCGAAGGAGCCUUUUGAUGAACUUUUCUUGUUUGUGUUUAUAGUUGAGGUUUCUUGAGCAGGAGAAUAUGUUUUGGAGGGAAAGGGAGCGGGAGAGCAAAGUGCAGAAUGGCGGUCCGCCUUGUGGACAGGUCAGGGUGCUUCUUGUUGGAGACUCAGGUGUGGGAAAGACCUCUCUUGUUCAUCUGAUUAUGAAAGGCUCUUCCAUUGCUCGCCCUCCUCAAACAAUUGGUUGUUCAGUAAGUGUGAAGCAUAUUACUUAUGGGAAUUCUGGUAGUUCAUCAAGUGGCUCCCAAAACGACAGUGAAAGAGACUUUUUUGUUGAGCUUUGGGAUAUAUGUGGACAUGACCGAUACAAAGAUUGCCGAUCUCUAUUCUACUCUCAAAUCAAUGGUGUUGUUUUUAUCUACGAUCUCUCUCAAAGAAGGACAAAGUCAAGCUUGAACAAGUGGGCUGCAGAAAUUGCAGCCACAGGAACCUUCUCAGCUCCUCUAGCUUCCGGAGGUCCUGGUGGCCUUCCAGUUCCUUACAUUGUCAUUGGCAAUAAAGUGGAUAUUGCAUCAAAAGAGGGCACUAGAGGGAGCAGUGGAAAUCUUGUUGAUGUAGCUCGGCAGUGGGUUGAGAAGCAGGGUUUUCUGCCAUCAAGUGAAGAACUUCCAUUGACUGAAAGUUUCCCUGGCAAUGGAGGCAUUUUUGCGGCUGCUAAAGAAGCAAGAUAUGACAAGGAAGCUUUGCAGAAAUUUUUUCGCAUGUUGAUAAGGAGGAGAUACUUUUCGGAUGACUUGCCCGGAAGCCCUUGGACUACCUCAGUUCACAAACCAUUGCAGCGGAGUGAAAUAUCAAGUGAUGAGGAUAACUCAUACAAGAGUUCAAGUUCAAGUUUCAUUGCGGACCCUUAUAAAUACAAUGCACUCCCUCCCCUACCAGCACAACGUAAUCUCACGCCACCUCCCACGCUUUAUCCGCAGCAACCAAUGUUAACUCCCGAUAAUUAUAGCAUCCCCAGAUUCGCUUUGACAAGCUCCCAAGAAAUCAGCAGCACCAGAUCUAAGCGUACAGAUAUUAAUGUUUAAUGAUCUUGAUUCUUUUAGUCACAUCAUAGAGUACAUCUUCAAAGUUGGCUUAUAUUGGUCUUUAUGAUGAUAUUGUUAUUCUGUAAAAUGUUCUCUUAGAGCUUUAACUCAUCAAAGUGUUCUUUUUCAGUGUGAAAAGUAUGAUAUGAUGAUAGUCCACCCUGAAAAACAGUUCAGUGUCUUGCAAACUUCAUUAAAAUUUCCUCUUCUUUUCAGUGGCAAGGGAAUUUGGGUUUUCUUGUGGGAUUUGUCUUACGGACCACAAUUCUAUUGGAUUGAAUAUUGAAUUUAUAAUCUUUUGGUUAGAG